UCUCCUCUGCUGGAUCUUAUUGAUCCAGAAGGCGGCUAAUUAGCCCUUCCCUCCGUGCCUGUGUAAUGAAGCACAUGCGCACUGAAUUAAUCACAGCCAUUUUUUUGCAGGAAACUAAUUAGCAGGAAUAAAGAUCCAAAGAGUUUUUUUCUUUUCAAUCAUCAGAUCUCACUUUCACCUCUUCCUCGCUCCCUCUAACACAAGACUCAUCGCCUGCUUUGCAUCCGAAUUAUUUUGUAUAUUGCCUUUACAACUAAUAGCCGACUGCUCCGUUUUUACACUCGGCGACAACAAUGAUCUUUCUUUUGCCAUCCUAAGCGCAAACUGACCAAAAAAGGGGGACUGUCUCCAUGGGAUCUUUAGCUAAAUCGACUCAAUACUGGAUUAAAAAGCGAAGAUCACCAAACGGCAGCGAGAAAUUGCCCAGAUGCGAUGAACGCCUCAUGUAGGCAUCAGCAUGGACAGCUGUGAGUCUCCCGUGGUUUCUGGGAUAGACGAUGGGCUCGGCUCCUCCAGCUCAUCCCAGCAGCACCGAUCGCCACAACCCUGGAACGACCUCUCUAACUCACAGGUCCCUUCCAACAACCGCCCCCCUUCCCUGGACCCCCUGUCUCAAUCUGCUCCUUACCCGUCUCAAAUCCAAAACCUAAACACUCCCCAUGAGGGGCUGAGAGAGCCGCAGCCUCAGCAGCAGCAGCCUAACCUGACAACACCACGGGCCCAGGUUGACAACUCUGACACAGGACAGCUUCACUUCCAGAGAGAGGGCUUUGAGGGGGAGGAGGAGGAGGAGGAGGAGGAGCAAGAAGGUCUUAGCGGUGCAGAGGAGGAAGAAUCUGAGGAUUUGGACGAAAUGGAAAUUGACAGCUGCUUUCCAAGUCUUCAGCCUUUCCCUGGAAUGCCGAUGGCUCCAGGGGGUGGAGGGAUGCCCACUCUUCUGCGACAGCAGCCCCCACAACCAAGGGGUACAGCUGAGAGUGGGAGUGAAGAAGGGGAGGAGGAAGAGGAAGAGGAGAAUAGUGAUGUGGAGAACCUAGCUGGAGAGAUAGUGUACCAGCCAGACGGCUCAGCCUACAUAGUUGAGAGUCUCAGUCAGUUGAUCCAAAGCGGUGCCAGCACGGUGCCCGGCUUGAUUCCCUCAAACUCUCUCACCAGUGGGGGAAAACCAGGAGAGCCUGCUGGGUCUUCAUCAUCGGUCUACCCUCAGAUCAUUAACACCUUCCACAUAGCCUCGUCCUUCGGGAAGUGGUUUGGAAAUUCAGACCAAGGUUUACCCAAUACCUCAACCCUGGCAGGCCUGAGUCCUGUCCUGCACAGUUUCCGUGUUUUUGACGUGCGGCACAAAAGCAACAAGGAUUACCUGAACAGUGACGGGUCUGCCAAGAAGUCCUGCGUAUCCAAAGAUGUUCCCAACAACGUGGAUUUCUCCAAAUUUGAUGGGCUAGCCCUCUAUGGCAAAGGAAAGCCCAUUCUCAUGUGUUUUAUCUGCAAGCUGUCCUUUGGCUAUGCGCGUUCCUUUGCCACUCACGCUGUCCAUGAUCACCGUAUGACACUGUGUGAGGAUGAGCGCCGGCUACUGGGGGACAAGCAAGCAUCUGCCAUUAUCCAGGGCAUUGGGAAGGAUAAAGAACCCCUUAUCAGUUUCCUGGAACCAAAAAAUAAGGCUUCUCCUCCACCGCCCGGCCUGCUUCCUAUCAACUCUGGCCAGAGUUUCUAUGGAACCUUCAGUGGUGUCCAUCUAGAGUCUGGAUGCAGCAGUGGUGGAGUAGACGCCCUGUUGGAUGAGGAUCCUGACUCUGGCCUCGAGCCACAGCAGCAACAAAUCCAACAGAGCUCAGUCCUUUCCCUUGGAGGACUGGGUAAUCCCAAAGCACCCACUCUUACCUCUACCCCAGGCUCUGCCAAAGACUCCAGCGCCCUGCCCAAACAGGGAGGGAGAACAGAGGGGCCUGGUGGUAAAGAGGGGACAUUUAAGGGUGGGGAACGGGAUGUAGAUGGAUGUGAGAGCAAAUUUUGCCUUUCAGGCCAGGUGGGUGGUUCAGAAGAGGAAGAGGAACUGUUGGGUGAGGUUGACGAUGAGGUGGAAGAGGAUGGCACUGGGGUAGCCUGUGGUGGCAACAGUAGCAGCGAUAGAGGUGAAAUGGGGGAACCGGCUGACUCAAACCAAAGCAUUUCCAAAUCUCCUUUAUUAAUGCCUAGUAGCGCUCUCCAGCCUUCUGUCUGCACCACUGCAGUCAGUCCCAUGCUUAACAACAAAACUCCGGCUUCCACAGCUUCCUCCCUUAAGGAAGACCUUUUAGCUGCAGUUGGUGGGGGAAGGACCUCGGAGCUCCCUCUGAGCUUUAACUGCCAGGGGCCCACUGUCCCCAUGGCAAUGGCGGCAGCUGCCGUCAGAGGGAGUGAGGACAAUGCAGCCGGCACCUCCUCCUCACCUCUGGCCUCCAGCGUUGCCGCUGACGAAAGUGCCAAUCGAGAUAGUGCCACAGCUCCAGAACCAAAUGAUUGCCCAGCAGAGGGGGAAGAGGAGAAUGGAGCCCUCCUGCACCAUCAUCACAUGCACCACCAUCUCCACCACCUCCACCCCUCGUCCCAUGCUCUCAACCUCCAAGGGGGGCCCUGUGACAUGACGGGGAUGGGUGAGUGUUCCCAAAACCAUGGGCCUGGAGGCGCCGGAGGAAGUGGGGUUGAAUGCCCAAAAUGUGAUACCGUUUUAGGCUCCUCACGUUCCUUGGGCGGUCACAUGACCAUGAUGCACUCCCGCAACUCAUGCAAGACACUCAAGUGUCCUAAGUGCAACUGGCAUUACAAGUACCAGCAGACCCUGGAGGCUCACAUGAAGGAGAAGCACCCAGACUCGGGGGGCACCUGCAUGUACUGCACCAGUGGUCAGAGUCACCCACGUCUGGCCCGCGGAGAGAGUUACACUUGUGGCUACAAGCCCUUCCGUUGUGAGGUGUGCAACUAUUCGACCACCACCAAGGGCAACCUGAGCAUCCACAUGCAGUCAGACAAGCACUUGAACAACAUGCAGACGCUGCAGAACGGUGGCACUAUUUGCUCUUCUCAGGAGCAGGUGUUUGGGCAUACCCCAGGCGGGGUAGUGGCGGUUCCGUCGGUGACCCAGGCCAGCAGCCAUCACCCCGUCCAUCAUCACCACCCGACGCAGUCCUCGGCCCACAUGCCCGGGCCGUGUGGAGCCCCCUCGCCCACAAAGCCCAAAAGCAAGCCGACGUGGCGCUGCGAGGUGUGUGACUACGAGACCAACGUGGCGCGGAACCUCCGGAUCCACAUGACCAGUGAGAAGCACAUGCACAACAUGAUGCUGCUCCAGCAGAACGUGACCCAGAUGCAACACGGCCGACUGGGCCUGGGAGCUAUGCCCUCGCCCUCUGAGGCCGAGCUCUACCAGUACUACCUGACCCAGAACAUGAGCCUGCCCCCGGGCCUGAAGAUAGACCCGGCCGGAGCUGAAGCCCAGUUCCUGAUGGGGGGCUUCCACUUGGAUCCCAACAUGGCUGCUUUGGCCCCUGCAUUGGUGGGCGGAGACAUCCCCAUGGACGUCCGGCUGGGCGGCGGUCCGCUGGUGUCCGAGGAGCUGAUGUCUCUCGGGGAGAACCUCUCUGCCACGGGGGACCCCUCUCUCAUGCUCUUCCAGUGCGCCGUGUGCAACCGCUUCACCACGGACAACCUGGAUGUACUGGGCAUGCACAUGGGAGCCGAGCGCAGCCUGCCGGAGGAGGAGUGGCGCGCGGUGGUGGGGGACUCGCACCAGUGCAAGCUGUGCCGCUACACCACCCAGCUGAAGGCCAACUUCCAGCUGCACUGCAAGACGGACAAGCACGUCCAGAAGUACCAGCUGGUGGCCCACAUCAAGGAAGGGGGCAAGGGCAACGAGUGGCGCCUCAAGUGCGUUGCCAUCGGAAACCCGGUGCACCUCAAGUGCAACGCGUGCGACUACUACACCAACAGCCUCGACAAGCUGAGGAUGCAUACCGUCAACUCUCGCCACGAGGCUAGCCUCAAAGUGUACAAGGUUGGUGGCUUUCAUCCCCGUUUUUUUGGUCUUGCGCUCUUAGUAUUCCCUCGUUCCCUGGAGAAAUGCUGUCGUAAAUGUGGUGAUUUACAUAUCCUAUCCUCUCCUCCCCCUUUAGGAGAGCUGAGCGAGGAUGUGGAGGCUGCUAGUGAGACUACCACAGACCAGGAGGACCAAACCAAAGACAGAGAGAGUGGGGGGGAUAAGGACCUCACCAAAGGGACAGCAUUGUCCAUCCAGUUGGAAAGGGAGCAGACGGAUUCUCCCAUCCCUACCAAGAGGCCAUCCUCGCGGUCGGAGCCUGUCGAGAGCCCCCUCUCCUCCAAGCGUCCCAGGACCACUGAGAAGAGCAGUGCGGAGCAGAUGUACCAGUGCCCUUACUGCAAAUUCACCAACACUGACCUGAACCGUCUCAGAAUGCACGUGAUGACCCAACACUCUGUCCAGCCCAUGUACCGCUGUCCGCUGUGCCAGGACAUGCUCAACAACAAGGUCCACCUGCAGUUCCACCUCACACACCUGCACAGCGUGGCGCCUGACUGUGUGGACAAGCUCAUUGCAACGGUCACAGCAAGCGAAGUGUUGCCAGCAAGCAUGUUCAUACCUGUACCGGGACCAGACAGGGAGGCCCAAAGUGCCUCGCAGUCGACAUCCAACGCUGAGGACUUCAAGAAACAAAUGGAUGCAUCAGAUGCGGAGCCAGAAAAGGGGGUCUUGCCAACUGAAAUUGGUGAAUCUCACAAGUUACCUUUAGAUGAGCAACAGACAGGGAGGGACGAUGCCACUGGAUUCUUAUGCUGGAAGAAAGGCUGUAACCAAGUCUUCAAGUCUUCCAACUCCCUACAGCAGCACUUCAACGAGGUCCACAAUAAGAGGCCCCAACUGCCCGUUUCGGAUCGCCAUGUCUACAAGUACCGCUGUAACCAAUGCAGCCUGGCGUUCAAGACGGUGGAAAAGCUGCAGCUCCAUUCUCAAUACCAUGUGAUCAGGGCAGCCACGAUGUGCUGCCUCUGCCAACGCAGCUUCAGAACCCUGCAGGCCUUGAAGAAACAUUUGGAAACCAGUCAUCUAGAGCUGAGUGAAUCUGACAUACAGCAGCUCUAUGGCGGCUUAUUAAUGAAUGGAGAUCUCAUGGUCAUGGGUGACCCAUCCCUUGGAGAAGAGCAUGGGAUCCUCGGGGACGAUGACAAAGAUGGAGAGGAAAGUGACCUGGAAGAAAAACAAAGCCCAACCGGUAGUGACUCGGGCUCGUUGAUGGAAGAUUGUGGAUCUGAACCUAAGCGAGCCUUGCCAUUCAGGAAGGGCCCCAACUUUACGAUGGAGAAGUUUCUGGAUCCAUCUCGCCCCUUUAAGUGUACUGUAUGCAAAGAGUCAUUCACACAAAAGAAUAUACUACUAGUUCACUAUAACUCGGUCUCCCACCUGCAUAAAGUGAAGAGGGCCCUUCAGGAGUCCACCACCGGUCAACCUGAGCCCACCAGUAGUCCUGACAACAAGCCAUUCAAAUGCAGCACCUGUAACGUGGCCUAUAGCCAGAGUUCCACUCUUGAGAUACACAUGCGCUCUGUCCUGCACCAGACCAAAGCCCGGGCGGCAAAGCUUGAAGCAGCUGGAGGCAGCACUAACUCUGCAACAGGCGCUGGAUCAAGUGCAAGUGGAUCUAGUAUCAACACUUCCACGCCUAGCCCCAGUCCAGCCACCAACACAACGACAAGCUCUAGCAACCACAGCUCUUCUGGAUCGCAUAAUUCCCUGAAUCUUCACGGCGGGAACCACAUGAGCCACUCCCACAAAAUGGAAAGCCUAGGUAAUUCCUCAAUGAGCCGUUCGUCGCCGUCUGAGAAUCAAGAGGUAAAGAAGAAGAAAUUUGCAGACAUGCUGUCCGCUAGGGGUCAACAGCAGCAGCUUCAGCAGCAGCAGCAGCAGUUGGUGCAGGCUCAAGCCCAAGCUCAGGCCCAGCUCCAACAAGAGCUCCAGCAGCAAGCUGCUCUCAUCCAAUCACAGCUCUUUAAUCCUGCACUUCUGCAACACUUCCCCAUGACAACUGAUGCUCUCCUCCCUCUGCAACAACAACAGUUGCUCUUCCCUUUCUAUAUCCCUGGAGCAGAGUUCCAGCUUAAUCCUGAGAUCAACCUCAGUAGCUCGGCACUUGGUCUGGCUGGCUCGUCCACUUCCUCCCUGCUGGAGGACCUAAAGAACUCAGCCCAACAGGCUCAGCAAAGUUGUCUCCAGCAGCAGCUAAUGCAUCAUCAUCUUCAGCAGCAGCAGCAACAACAACAACAACACCACCACCAACAACAGCAGCAGCAGCAACAGCAACAACAACAGCAGCAGCAGCAGCAGCAACAACAGCAGCAACAACAGCAGCAGCAACAUCAGCAGCAACAGCAGCAGCAGCAGCAACAGCAGCAGCAGCAGCAGCAGCAGCAACAACAGCAACAGCUGCAACAGCAGGCGCACCAACAGGUUCAAGGACAGAUGGCUCUGCUACAACAAAAUGCUGCUCUUCUUCAACAGGUUGAGAAAAAACAGAAGCAUUCUUCUAACCAUGAGAAAGAAAGAGAAAUGCACCGAGAUAGAGACACUAGUGAAAAAAAUGAGGAGCACGUCAAAAGGGACUCUAUGGACAACAAGGCAAGAGAGAAGAAGGAUACAGCACAGUCUUCAGUAAAUACAAACCAUGACCCUGGGUUCCCUCCUCCAAGGAUUGCUUCAGAUGCUCGUGGAAAUGCAACUAAAGCCCUACUGGAGAACUUUGGGUUUGAAUUAGUGAUUCAAUACAAUGAAAACAAACAGAAAGCUCAAAGAAAGCUACCUGCACCUGGAGCUGCCGCUUCCAAUGGUCCAAGUGGGAUAACAAGAGUGGACCCCAGUGAAGGAUUAGAGAAACUAGAAUGUGAGGCCUGUGGCAAAUUGUUCUCAAACAUUCUGAUUCUAAAGAGUCACCAGGAACACAUCCACCAGGCCUUCUUUCCAUUUCGAUCCCUCGAGAGAUUUGCUAAGGAAUACAGAGAGCAGUAUGAUAAGCUCUAUCCACUGAGACCCCCGACACCAGAAACGACACCUGCUCCUCCACCACCCCCGCCCCCACCUCCCCCUCCUCCACCACCUCCACAGCGGGCACCAACACCAAAUAUCCCUGUCUCUGCUGCCUCCCACACACCUCCAACCAUACCUCCCCCACAGCCUCAAGUUUCCAUGGCACAGAUGCAGAUGCAAAUGGAGCUUCCCCUCUUUUCACCGCUAAUGAUGCAGUCCAUGUCUCUUCAAUCUUUGCCUCAGAUGUCAGCUGUUGAGCAAGGCCUGGCCUCAGAACUGGCCCAGCUUUAUCAACAACAGCUCACGCCAGCAAUGCUACAGCAACAGCAGAACAAGAGGCCUCGGACACGUAUCACAGAUGACCAGCUUAGGGUCCUGCGACAGUAUUUCGAUAUCAACAACUCCCCAAAUGAAGACCAGAUUAAAGAAAUGGCGGACAAAUCAGGACUUCCUCAAAAAGUUAUCAAGCACUGGUUCAGAAACACAUUGUUUAAGGAGCGCCAGCGGAACAAAGACUCGCCCUAUAAUUUCAACAAUCCUCCGAUAACAACUCUAGAGGAGACCAAAAUUGACUCAAAACCCCCAUCCCCUGAGCCUCAGAAACAUGAAUGCUAUGGAAGUAAGAGGUCUUCUAGAACUAGAUUUACUGACUACCAACUGAGAGUGCUUCAGGAUUUCUUUGAUGCCAAUGCUUAUCCAAAAGAUGAUGAGUUUGAACAGCUCUCCAACCUACUCAGCCUUCCAACUCGUGUGAUCGUAGUUUGGUUCCAAAAUGCUCGUCAGAAGGCGAGAAAGAAUUACGAGAACCAAGGUGAUGGUGCAAAAGAUGGAGAGAGGCGCGAGUUAUCCAAUGAUCGGUAUAUUCGCACUACCAACUUGAAUUACCAGUGCAAGAAGUGCAGCCUAGUAUUUCAGCGUAUAUUUGACCUAAUAAAACAUCAAAAGAAGCUGUGCUACAAAGAUGAAGAUGAGGACGGGCAAUAUGACAGCCAAAACGAGGAUUCAAUGGAUCUUUCACAUGAAUACUAUACCCCCUCUGGCUCAUCUUGCCAUACUCCAAUGCCCUCCUCUUCAAGCCUUUGCCCUCUCCCACCCUCAACUUCGGCAUUCUCCAACCUACCUUCUGCAGAGAAGGAGGAGGCAUCCCCUGCCAAUACGUCCAACCUGUAUGAUGAAAAGCCAAAACAGUUACCUGAAAUGUCUGUAGAUCUAAGGGAAAACCAAACUACUAUCAAGCAAGAAAUUAUCCAUCCACCCCAAUCUGAGCCACAGCAUCACAGGUCUCAGCGGGAGGAGAAGAGUCAAACAACAGCUAAAGCCACCAAACAUUCGUCUUCUUCCUUCUCACACCAACAGCACCAGAGUAGCUCCUCUGCUUCUCUGACAAGUCAGGCACCCUCUCAAAGCUCUCACAUGAGCCUUAACCAACACCUCUCAUCCGCCUCCCAGCAACUGGCACAGCAGAUGAUCCCUUACCAGUGUGAGCAGUGCAAGAUUGGCUUUCCCUCAUUUGAGCACUGGCAAGAACACCAGCAAUUACAUUUCCUCUCCGUUCAAAACCAAUUCAUUCACCCUCAAUUCCUGGACCGUCCAAUGGACAUGCCUUUCAUGCUAUUUGAUCCCAGCAAUCCUCUCUUGGCGAGUCAGCUACUCUCCGGUGCAAUGUCACAGAUUCCAAGCAGCUCUGCAACCUCUCCAUCUACUCCCACCUCCACCAUGAACUCUCUGAAAAGGAAGUUAGAGGAGAAAGCAGGCACUAGCCCAGGGGAGAAUGACAGCAACAACAGUGGUGAGGAGCCACACAGAGAUAAACGCCUUCGGACUACAAUUACUCCUGAGCAGCUUGAGGUUCUUUAUCAAAAGUACCUUUUGGAUUCAAAUCCAACACGCAAAAUGCUGGACCACAUAGCUCAUGAAGUUGGACUCAAGAAGAGGGUUGUACAAGUCUGGUUCCAAAACACUAGAGCCAGGGAACGCAAAGGACAGUUUCGAGCAGUAGGACCAGCUCAGGCCCAUCGUAGGUGCCCUUUUUGCCGAGCUCUAUUCAAAGCAAAGACUGCCCUUGAAGCACACAUUCGCUCCCGUCACUGGCAUGAGGCAAAGCGUGCCGGCUAUAAUCUAGCUCUGACUGGCAUGCUCCCUGAACAAGAUAUGUUGCAAUUGAAGAUGGAUCCACUAGAUAUCUCAAGCUACUCUCAACUUGCGGUAGCUAACAAUGAUGGACAAAGCUCUUCACUGUCACCAGUGAGUAAAUCCAUGGAUUUGUCUCCAAGGGGCCUGUUGAGCCCUUCAUCCAUCAAAGUUGAGGGAAUGGAGGAUUUUGAAAGCCCAACCAUGUCCUCUGUAAACCUGAACUUUGACCCGAGUAAACUUGACAACGAUGACUGUUCUUCAGUGAACACAGCCAUCACAGACACAACCACUGGUGAUGAAGCUAAUGCUGACAAUGACAGUGCAGACACAAAACAUGGCCAAAAUAGUGGCGAAUAUAUGUCUAAGAUCGGGGGUCCAGCCCCCUUCAUUGAAAAUGAUGACCAGAUGUCCUCUGGCCUGGUAAGUCCAGCCACAAGCUAUUAUGCUAAGGACUAUGAAAAUGAGAAUAUCAUUGAUUACAGCGAGACCUCAAGUAUGGCCGAUCCCUGCUCCCCUAGCCCAGGAGCUUCAGGCAACAGGAGUAUUGACAGUGGAGACCGCCCUGGGCAAAAACGCUUCCGAACUCAGAUGACAAACCUACAGCUGAAACUGCUCAAGUCCUGCUUUAAUGACUAUAGGACUCCUACCAUGCUUGAAUGUGAGGUACUUGGUAAUGACAUUGGCCUACCAAAGAGGGUGGUGCAGGUGUGGUUUCAAAAUGCCAGAGCAAAAGAGAAGAAGGCAAAGCUCAGCAUGGCCAAGCAUUUUGGAAUAAAUCACACAUCCUAUGAGGGCCCUAAGACUGAAUGCCCGUUAUGUGGAAUCAAGUACAGUGCUCGCCUCUCUGUCCGUGACCACAUAUUCUCUGCGCAACACAUCUCUAAAGUUAAGGAUACCAUUGGAAGUCAGCUAGAGAAGGAGAAAGAAUACUUUGACCCUGCCACAGUCCGUCAACUAAUGGCUCAACAAGAAAUGGACCGCAUUAAGAAAGCAAAUGAAGUAUUGGGACUUGCACAGCAGCAGGCAAUGACGCAGCAAGGGAUGUUUGAUAACCCGGCAAUGCAGGCUCUGAACCUGCAGUCUGCUUAUCCAAAUUUGCCAGGGAUGCCACCUGUUCUCUUGCCAGGGGUUGGUAGCCCUUCUCUUCCCAGCUUUAACUCUUCAAAUUCAGCUUUAACUCCUCCGAAACCUACAAACAUCCUGAACAUGCCUGGUGCCAGUGUUCCCUCACCUAGUUUACCCACAUCUGGAUUACCUAGCAAGCCUUCCUCUUCAUCCUCCUUGGCUUCAUCCAGUCCAGCGCAGACCAGCACAUCCGUCUCCCACUCAAGCCUCACUUCAACCUCCACAUCUACAUCCACUUCUUCAGCUGUCCCGACAGGCCCCCGACCUGAUCCUCCCAAAGAGCGUGACCCUGAGAGAUCAAGAGAGAAGGAGAAGCCCAAGGAAAAGGCGGAGAAGUCGGCAACACCCUCUUCAACCGGAAGCACCCCAGCUCCUUCCACUUCAGCUGCGAGUGCCAGGAAAGAGAAACCAGACACGGCUGUGCCUGCUACGUCUAUGCCUACACCUGGUAUGGAAUAUGUGGUAGAUCCGGCCCAGCUUCAGGCACUGCAGGCUGCAUUGGCAUCCGACCCCACAGCCCUCCUCACAAGUCAGUUCCUGCCCUACUUCAUGCCUGGCUUUUCCCCCUAUUAUGCCCCUCAAAUGUCUGGAGCUCUUCAAGGAGGCUACCUGCAGCCAAUGUAUGGUAUGGAAAGCCUAUUUCCAUACAACCCUACAUUGUCACAAGCAUUGAUGGGCCUUUCACCAGGGUCACUGCUGCAGCAUUACCAGCAAUAUCAGCAGAGCAUACAGGACGCACUACAGCAGCAGCAGAGGCAGCUUCAGCAGAUCCAGCAACCCAAAGCGAGCCAAACCCCCGCCCCCUCUCAACCCUCGGGGGAUCGCAAAGAAUCUUCCAAAGAUUCAAGCAAGACAGUGGAGCAUAAAGGCAAAUCCCAUAGCGAAAACUCCUUCAACAAUAAAGGUCCCUCAGACAAGAAAGGGAUGGAUGGCAAAGUUGUGGACUCCCUCGUAGACCAGUACAUAGUCCCCAAGGUACAGUUCAAGCUGGCCUGCCGCAAGUGUCAAGCAGUUUUCACCAAGGAAGAAGCAGCCCUUACCCACCUUAAGUCUAUCUGUUUUUUCGGUCAGUCUGUGGCAAACCUUCAAGAGAUGUUGCUGCGUGUCCCUAGUGGCGCAGAGUCUGGGAGUCUCUAUGACUGCCUCGCUUGUGAUACCACAUUGGAUGGGGAGAAAGCACUCAGUCAACACCUGGAGUCGGCAUUGCACAAACACAGAACAAUCAAGCGGUCAGCCAGAAAUGCCAAAGAGCACGCUACUAGUUUAUUACCUCACUCUUCAGCCUGCUUCCCCAGUCCUAACACCGCAUCUACCUCGCAGUCUGCCACUCAUCCCAUCAGCAGCCCCUCUACCCCGCCAACAUCAACAUCCACCAUGCCAUCCUCUGCCGUUCCUUCUUCCCUGUGUUCAUCCUCUACGACACCGCUCGUCACCACAGCUGCCGGUAAACCCUGGUCCCAGGCCCCUUUCUCUAGAGCUUUAGCUGGAAAGCCCAAUGCCACUCCCUCCUCUUCUUCCGCCUCUUUUCCUUCAGUGUCCUCCCCUUCAACGGUUACCUCAAGUUCAUUGAGCACCUCAGGAGUUCAGACCUCGAUACCAACAGACGUCUUUACAGACGAGUCUGACUCUGACAGCAGUCAGAAGUCAGCAGACAGGCUGGGUAGGACAACGGAGGAGCCACAACAGCCUGGCUGUGUCAAAGACAGUAGUAGUUGUAGUAGUAAUCUUGCUAGUGUAGGAACAGACUCCAUCAGAUUGUAAAAGAGCUUUCAGUGAUGGACAAUAUUUAAAAAAUACAAAAGACAAAAAAAACACAAACGGAAAAAAACAAAAAAAAAAGCAGCAAUGUUAAAAUACAUUUAAAAGUAUACAAACCAAUUUCAGAAAAAAGAUGUGUAAAGACUAACUGCAAUUCCAAAGCUUGUAACCAAAAAUUGUAAUGUUAGUGGAUUGUUUUCCCAUAUCAACAUGCUGGUUUCAUUUUUUUUUUCUGUCAACUGAAAUACAUGAUAAUAAUAUACAAGGAUAGAAAACAAAAGUCACUGCAAUUAGGUUUUGGGUAAUGAUGGAGUGAAAGCUGUACUGUAUGGCAAUGGACUGCCUUUGAAGUUGAUAUAUGGCCCAUAAUCCCUUUUGACACAAUAUAAGACAAUAAGCUAUCCCUUUUUUUGUGUUAUUAAUAUAAAUAUAAUUAUUUUUUAUUGAAUAGCACACACACAAAAAAGCCAGUAUGUACUGUAUGGGAGAAUAGUCUAUCCGUUUUUCAUGCUAUUUAAGCAUUCAGAUACCAAUGGCUUGCAAAGGUAAUAGAAUAAUGUAAUGUCUAUUUUAUUCUCAGGUCAACAGCUCACAGAUGUUUUUUUUUUGUUACAGAAAUUCAUGUUUUACACCUUCUGACUGAAGAUGACCAGUUUUUGUUUAGAAAAAUUCGAUUUAACAACAGAAAGUUUUCAAAUGAAUUAUCUUAAAAUUACAAGUUUUUGGGCAUUCAAAAAGGAUAGUUAAUUGUCUGAUUGGACAUUUGUGCUUUAAAAGGUUGGGAAAUUAUCAAUUUCAUUAUCCAGACAUAGGGAGCAUUGCAGACACGAUGGGCGAUAAAAAGAUUUUUGAUGAUAAAAAAAACUUUCUGUAUUUAUUAUAGAUAUGAACAUUUUUGGUGUUAAGUAGAUUGUUGCAUUGGAACUGAAUUUAACAGUAUGGUAGAAUGAAAAAAAACUGUGUACAUUUAGCUUUUGUAUUGUCCAACUUUAAGACGCUUCAUUUGAUGUUGUCUUGGUCAUUCCAAUAGACUAGAUUAUGGACAGGUAAUUUAUCUAAACUUUAUUUCUGUCUUAGUCUCAGCUUCAGGGCAAAUGUUCACCCAAAUGCCCAUCGUUGGCAAGGCAGGAUCCUUUGUUUUAAAAUCAUUUCAGUUCUAAGGAUCAGUUGGUAUGACACUUACUAAUAAGAAAAAGGUCCUGGAUGAAGUGUUCAUUUUUUUUUAUGAUCUUUGUGCACUUAUCCCUGUCUUCACUCCUAUUUCUCACUCGAAAUUGUUACUCUUUUUCCGCACUUAUUUUUGCUCCAACUGUUCUGUAGAUAUUAAGAAAGCUACUGCUCCUUAUACACUACAAAACAGGUUCACGUAGUGUGGCUACAGUCUUUCCCAACUUUAAUUUCACUUAAACCUUUAUUUUAUUGUCAUGAAUGAAAAUGAAAAAAGAAACCAAUAAUAAUUCUCACGCUUUAAACAAAAAGAAAAUCCAAAGACUAAACACUUUCACCAUUGGUGCAUAAAGAUGAGAAAGAGGCUUCUUUAUACUUGAGAAUUUGUUGCUGUUUUUAGGAAAGGAAACAAAGUUUAAAAAGAUAAAGAGGUACGCAUCAGAGUUGCCGUUCUUGCUUCUUUGCAAGCAAACAGGUGGCUUUUUUACGUAAAUACCAAGAAUACCAAAAACCAAAAAGGGCCCUUGUCCUGCAUUGUGGAGUAGCACCGUUACAGAGCCAUUGCAGUUUGUAAGAUAAAGGUUAUUAAUCUUUGUUUGACUUUUAUGUCACAUUCAAAAGUCCAUUUUUUUAAGAAAAUGUAUAAGGUCUGGUCUUCGAAGACGUACGUUUUGCUGCUAAUGUAGUAUUUUGAAAGAAAAAAAGUAACUAGAUGCAUGGUCAUUUUGCUUUUGGCGAAGCUUUAACUAAAACAAUAAACCAAUUUCCUGCCUCUGUGACACCUUUUUCUUUCUCUUGUUGCAAAAACGGAACUUUGAAGACUGUGAAUAUAUGUUCCAAUGGACAUUUUGCAGAUUUUCGUUUUGAACAGACCAAUGUUUAAAGCCAAUGAUCUAUAACGUUUGUAAAGAACAGUGCAUUCCAAAUAUCACAAUGGAUUUUUUUUUCUUACGCAAGGACUGAUUUUAUUGUUUUAAAUUGUCAUGAUAUAUUUUUUUGCUAACUUCUAAAGUGACUGUAAGCUGUUGUGUAAAUUUAGCAUCAUGGGUUGCUAAACAAAGUGAACUAGAUAUGUCAUUUUGUGCUGGCAGAAUACAUCCAUCCAGUUUAAGGUUCUUGCUCACGUGCAAGUAAUAGUGGUUACCAAAAAAUGUAUAUAAUACAUCUGGUACUGAUGCGUCUUAUGAGUUGUGUCACCAUGCCUGUCAACUUGCAACUAGUCUCAGAAGGAAUUUCUUUUAGGGGCCUUUUGCAAGUGAUUGCCAAUUCCUUGGAAAUCCACUUGUCAUUUGCCCAGGAGCCUGAAGGGUGCCACUUUCGUGCAAAAUAAAGGCUUACAGGUUUGUAGGGAUAUCUUCUUUCCAAAGCAUUAUGUAUGGAAAUAGCAGGAGGUUUUUGGAAGGUUUCCCUUGAUUCAAAAAUAGUAUUUCACGCUUUCAUGUCCAAAGAAGUCGAUCACCACACAAUGAUGGGUAUGGAUAUGCUUCAUACCGUCUCAAAGAACACCCACUUUACUUUACUUUUCUUUUUACCAAAACCAAUAUUUAAAUGUCUUUAAGAACCCUUUCUUUGGCCACAAAUGUAUAGCGGAGUGAAAUUGCCCUAUUAAAUCCUUUGCGCGAUCUCAGAGUUGUGUUUUAAGUGUUACGUUUUUAAGAGCAAUGUGAUUCGAUGCUGACACCUCAGCAUGCUUUUGAAAUUGUAUUCAUUUAGUGUGGAAGCUUGCCACUUCUCUUAAGUCCUGUUCUCUAAAAUAUUGUUCAUAUGUACUUUCUUAUUUUUGAGAAUUCUAAUGUACAGUUUCUUGCUUGAUUUUUGUUUAAUGUUAGACAUGUAUAAUUUUUUAUUUUUUUUGGGAUCACAUUUUAGUUGAUUACUUAUCACUUAAAUUAACACUAACUUGAAUUGGAUUGACUGAAAUCAAAAAUGCAAACACAUUGUAUUCUAUGACCUGGCCACUUUAUCUGUCACAAUCUUUUGUAGUGUGUGUAAGUGUGUGCGUGUGUGAGUGUGUGCACGUCACGCAUGCGUCAGUGUGUGUGUUUUAAGAGCCAGCAUCUAUUAUUUUAGUAAGUACUUUAUACACCAAAACCAACUGAAACACAUACCUUGACUAUUAGAAUAAAUGGAAAUUUAGAAAAUCUAAAAUUUAAAAUAACGAUAAAUGAGUAGAAAGAUAAUACCGAAGCACUGAGCAGUUUUUACUUUAAUUGAGAAUACAAAUGUGGCCAAAGCUUUAUGCAGCUGAAACAAAAAGAACAAAAAGAGCCGUGCCCAAAAUGAUUAUGUGUAUAUUUUAUUGUGGCACAAUAGCUUUCAGUGGAUACUGAAAUCCACUGUCUCAAAAUUGGGAGACUUGAUUUAAUGGACAUUUACAGAGCAAGUAAGGACAAGGGUUUGCUGUAGAGGUCAUUUGUUUGCCCACUGUGAAAAUGAACGUAUACCUGUAUACAGAUAGAUAUAUUUAAAACAAGGCAUCAUCUUUUUUUUUGUUUUUUGUUUUUUGUUUUGAGAUGAAGACAAAUGAAAAUAAAAUGACUCUGGGAAAGCUUUGGAGAUCUUGUAAAGUGGACAUAAUGAGAGGCUGGGAGCACACCAAAACUGGGCACAGGAGCCAAAGGCAGGAUUACCACAGCUUUAAUGUCACCUCCUUAUUUGAAUAAUGAAAUCUCUGCAAUGGGAAAGGACUCUUGAACCAAUGAAUACGUGUGACACAGGGAGGACCGUCUUUCGAUUAAACUGAACCUGCAGUGGCCCCAGCUGCAACCCCCCCCCCCCCCCCUCCCCUCCCCCAACCAACUACACACACACACACACCCACCCACCUUUGUCUCUUUGUUUCCCAAGCUCUGCCUCUGGUUCUGCUCUUUGAUGGACGUUUGCCUCACUGAGGAACGGGAUGGACAGAGAUGCUUGCAUACUUUCUCCCCGAUUCACAUCGUUGCUACUACCUGUUUGAUUUCCUUGUACUUGUCUCUGGUUGACCUGUAGAACUCUUCAAGUCAAAAGGAGGGCCCACCCUCCCCUCUGUGCGUCACUCCAUGGAAAUAGAGGAAUGAACAACAGAGAAAGGGGAGGCGAUCCUUACCACUGUCAUUCUUCUUAAAGAGACGGUGAAACACAAAAAAAAAGCGUAUCAACCAAAAUGUACAACCAAACUAACAAACAACCAACCAAAACCAUUUGCUCCACCUUGAAAGAUGAACUGUUUCUUGGAGCUCUCUGUUCCUUUUGUGACUUUUGGUGCCACAAUGUUUUUUUAUGCAUUUGUUUUUCUUUUCUUUAUUUUGUUUCCUUGACUUAUUCCUCCUCUGAGCCUCACAAGCAUGGCUCUGUGGCUCCAGGCAGCCCACCCGAGGGUAGAAAAAACAGCCUUGCAAUGUACAAAAAAGAGCAAGUUAAACCAAAAAUGUUGUUCUUGAUGUCUUUUCUAUUCUGUAGUCUUGUUAGCUUUUUUGUUACUGUAAUUAUAUGAAGAUUUCCAAACUGUACCAAACAACAUGGAAACUAACAUACAUAAACCACAUGGAACUUCAGACUUUUAAAGAAACUUUUGUCACAAAACCUUGUUGUCCUAGUUAAGUUGAUUGUAGAUGGUAAUUGAAUAUACUCCUUUGAAAAUAUUUCAUCAAGUAUGUUUCUUGCUCAUUGUGAUACAUUAAAAAAAGUAUGAGCAUAAA